AUGUUGUAUUAUUUGAAGACCCUUGAACUGUUCAUCAAAGUUCUCAGCAGCAGCAAACCUACCUCUAAGACCAAUUCUCUCUCCAUAUCCUUUAAUUCUGUGGAGGAGGCAAAGCCAGGCUCUGUUAUUGGUUCGGUCCGCCUCCAUGACAGAGAAAACUCAGAGGAAGGGGAGGUGACCUACAUGGUGGUGGGGGGCACAGAUAGAGAUGGGACCUUUGUAGUGGAUCGUCUGACUGGAGAUGUGUACCUGGCUCGUCCUCUAGACUAUGAACGAGACGAGCGCUACACCCUGCAGAUUGAGGUGGAUGACUUCUCUCCGGCUCAUCCAAGCAGCACCCUGGUCCACCUAGACAUUGAUGUAGAAGACAGCAAUGAUCACUCGCCUCAGUUCCCAGAGGACCCCUUGACCAUUGUGGUGUCUGAGAGCAUGGCGCCAGGCUCAUCCCUUUAUACUUUCCAGGCUACAGAUCAGGAUGGCAGUGGGCCCAACAGUGAGCUGAGGUACUCCAUCCUUCACCAGUGGCCAGACACCCCAGGCCUUCUGACCCUGGACUCCUCGACUGGGAUCCUCUCAUUGGGCCAGGAGCUGGACCACGAGGUCACCUCAAACCUGAUACUGGUCGUCAAGGCAACGGACUCUGCCCAAGAUGUCAGCCAGAGACGCUGGGGUUCUGUCACAGCAAGGGUGUAUGUAACUGAUGAGAACGACAACCCACCAGUGUUCAGCUCGCCCACGGCCGUCAGUGUGAUGGAGGACCAGCCGGUGGGCUUCGUGGCGCUGUAUGUCAUGGCCAGAGACGCAGACCAGGGGGAGAACGGCAGAGUCACCUACAGCAUUCAGUCAGGCAACACUGGAGGAACAUUUAGCCUCAACCCGAACACUGGCUCUCUGUCUAUUUUCAAACCUCUGGACCGUGAGGAGCAGGACGUCUUUAACCUCACGAUAGUCGCCGAGGAUCAUGGGAUACCGGCGCACUCGUCCAGCCAGCUGCUGUGUGUCCAUGUGAUUGAUGUUAACGAUGAGGUGCCCUGGUUUGAGGAGAGCCAGUACGACGCCCAGAUUUCAGAGAACCAGCCCCCGGGAACUAGUGUGCUGACAGUGUUUGCCUCUGAUCUGGACCAAGGAACCAAUGGACAGGUGACUUUUGGUGGUAUCUCACAGGAUGGGUUCACAAUAGAACCAGCUACAGGUGUCAUAACAACCACCAAGUCACUUGACAGGGAGCUCCAGGAGUACUACACUCUAACAGUUUAUGCAAAGGAUGGAGGUCUUCCCCCAAAUUAUGCCAAAGCCGCGGUGAGGAUCAGAGUGCUCGAUGAGAAUGACAACAUACCUCAUUUUGGACGUCUCUACUACAGCAUAGAGGUGCCUGAAAACCUGGAGGUUUUGCCUCUGUUUACAAUGAGAGCUACUGACAAGGAUGCUGAUGAAAGUGGGGAGAUUAACUACAAGAUAACUGCUGGAGAUCCAUCUGGAGACUUCAGAUUGGACAGACAGUCUGGUGUGCUCUCAACUGCCAGGCCUCUGGACCGGGAGAAGAAGGCAGGGUACAAGCUAACAGUCACAGCUCAGGACCGGGGUCGCCCUCCCCUCAGCAGCACAGCUACAGUGGAGGUUACGGUCCUGGACAUGAACGAUAACAGCCCCCACUUUCAGAGCAGCAGCUACACUGCAGACAUUUCUGAAGAUGUUCCUAUUGGCUCACUGGUCCUGGAGGUGAAAGCCAUUGAUCUGGAUCAGGGCCCCAACAGCCAGGUGCUGUACUUUCUGAGCAGUGGCUGCCGAAGCAUGUUUAUCAUAGAGCAGAACACUGGUCGCAUUAUCACCGCAGCACCUCUGGACAGAGAAAGAACCGCCUCUUACACCUUCGAGGUGUACGCCACUGACUCUUCCCCCGUGAACCCACUGAACUCCACUGCUCAGCUGACUGUCUACAUUCAGGAUGUGAACGACAAUGCUCCAUUCUUCAUUCAAGACCCCCUUAUCCUGAACAUCUCUGCCAGCAGCUUGUCCAACCACAGAGUGCUGGCCACCAUGAGGGCAGAAGACAAGGACUUUGGGGCUAACGGCUCUGUGUUUUACCGUUUUGCCAACCCUGUGAGGGGCUUCACCAUCAACUCACUGACAGGAGAUAUCCAGGCCACAGAAAAGCUGCAGACUCUGACCCAAAGCCAGAGGACAUUGAUAGUUCAGGCCAUGGACCAGGGCAACCCAGCUCAGUCCUCUCUGGGGGUGGUUAUCAUUUAUAUCAGGGAGCAGAGCUACAGCGGGAUUCGCUUCUCUCGCAUGGCCCGAGAUGUCAGUCUGCAGGAGAACGCUGCUAAAGGCACAGUAGUAACACAGACUCAGGCCCAGUACCCAGAUGGCUCUCAAACUGGUAUCAGCUACAGUAUUUUCAGUGGAAACAGAAUCCAAUCUUUUGGUAUAAACUCCAUUACUGGUGAAAUUUGGGUCCAGAAAUCUGAGGGUCUAGACUUUGAGGAGACCCCGAAACUCCGCCUUGUGGUGAAAGCUGAGACCGCUUCCUCCAGCUCAUACAUGGCUGUCAACUUAAUCCUGCAGGACGUCAACGACAACUUGCCACGCUUCCAACUCCAGAAUUAUGUAGCCUACAUUAGAGAGGCACAGGGCUACGAUUUCCCCAUUAUCCAGGUUGCUGCAGAUGACCUGGACCAAGGUCAAAAUGGUCAGGUGACCUACUCCAUCAGGUCCUCAUCCAUGAGCGGCUUGUUCAAGAUAGACCCACUGACCGGCAGCAUCACCACUGCAGCUAUCAUGGACAGAGAGAUCUGGACACAAACCAAGCUUGUUGUUACGGCAACAGACCGGGGAACCCCACGACUAGCUGGCUCUGCGACCCUGACUGUCAUCAUCAUUGACCUCAACGACAACAGUCCCAUGAUUCCUCUGCCGCGAGAGAUCCGAGUGCCUGAGGAUACUCUGGUUGGCACAGUAAUCACACAGGUAACAGGAAAUGAUGUGGACUCAGGGCCAGCCCUCUCUUACACACUACACUUGGAAACAAACAACCAGGGCAUGUUUGGGAUCCAUCGCUUUGGAGGAGGGGUUUCUCUGACCGGCCCUCUGGACUAUGAGGAGAGAACGUGGUACACUCUGACCGUCCGAUCAUCCGACUCUAAACACCAAAGCGAGGCGAACCUCACCAUUCUGGUGGAUGAUGUGAACGAUAAUGCUCCAAUCUUUACUCAAGACUUGUAUCAGGUGACUGUAUCAGAGCACCUCCCAGCAGGCAGUGCAGUCGUCACAGUAACAGCCACUGACUCUGACUUUGGGGAGAACGGAAAGAUUAUCUACAGAGUAAUGUCAUCAACUAGGGGAGUCUUCUACAUCGACCCUAGCAACGGCACUCUGUUCAGCAACCAAAAAACAGAGUUUGAUUUUGAGAACCCCUCCAUCCUGGUGCUUAUUGAGGCGCGUGACCAGGGCACUCCACCCCUUUCAUCUAUAGCCACCGUCCAGGUUCAGGUGUCUGAUGUCAACGACAAUGCCCCCAUCUUCCACCAGUCAGAGUACAGAGCCACAGUGUGUGAAGAUGGGCUUCCUGGAUCCACUGUUCUGACCUUGGAAGCUGUGGAUGGGGACUUGUCACGGGACAACUGUGGCUUUGAUUUUGCCAUAGCAAGUGGCAACUCUGGUAAUGCCUUCCAGAUUGAGAGCAGUGUGCGUUUCUUGGAGGGCCAGGGCUUCCAGACGGUCGGCAGCCUGAUCCUGGUGGAGCAUCUGGACUUUGAGGCAGUGCCAAGUUAUAACCUGACUGUUGUUGUAUCAGACCGUGGAAUCCCUCAGCGUAGCUCCAGCGUGCCUAUCCUAAUCAGUGUUACAGACGCCAAUGACAACCCUCCUGCUUUUAGCCGAGCAGAGUACAGUGUGGUGCUGAGUGAAGGUGCAGCAGCAGGGACAGAGAUUUUGCUUCUGUCUGCCACAGAUCCAGACUCUGCUCCUAAUGGAGAGGUCCAGUAUUCCAUAAGCUCAGGAGAUGAGACGGACCUUUUCCAGGUGGACCAGUGGACAGGAGCCUUAAGGCUGCAGAGACCUCUGAAAAGUGAGAGACAGUUGUCCCAUACGAUUGUUGUCCAGGCGACUGAUGGUCAAGGGCACUUCUCUUUGGCCCCAGUCAUUAUCGAGAUAAAGGACAUCAACGAUAACAGGCCCUUCUUUCCCCUCAAACUUUUAACUGCGAGCGUCAGGGAAAACCAACCCAAGAAUGCCUUAGUCACCAUGUUGCAUGCCAUCGACCACGACAGAGGUGUUUUUGGACAGUUAAAGUAUUAUCUGUUGGACAGCUCUAAUGAGGGAAAAGAGGCCUUCAUCAUCAACCAAACUUCCGGGGAGGUACGGACUCGCUCGACCUUUGACUUUGAGAAAGUCAACUCCUUCAGCUUUGUGGCCGUUGCCAUGGAUGCUGGAAACUAUUCUGCUUCUGUAACAGUACAGAUUUAUGUCACAGGGGAGGAUGAAUAUGAUCCUGUUUUCACCUCCUCAGAGUUCUCGUUUGAAGUGCCUGAGGGAUCAAAGAAAGGUCAGAUUAUUGGGAAAGUACAAGCCAGAGACGAAGACGGAGGCGUGGACGGCAUUGUCCUGUAUUCCCUCUCGGACGGUUCGCCUUAUUUUGAAGUCAAUAAAUCAACAGGAGCAAUUUCUUUAAAGAUGGACAGCUACAGUAGACAUAUGAGUCGCUCUAAAAGAGAGCUGCGUCUGAUGACACUGGAAGUGACUGCUCAGAGUCCUUUAGAGACAUCCCGUGUAGCAGUAGCCAAAGUUUCCGUAGAUGUGACCCACACAUCUUUUGGACUCUCCACAGACAUGAAUAUGCUGCUUAUCAGUGUCAUCGCAGUUUCCCUUGGUACUAUAGUCAUACUAAUAAUAAUUGCUGUGGCACUGUUUUUUGUUAAAUUAAGACGUAAGACGAAGGACCAAAAAGGUUGUGGAAGAACACCAGCGCCAGGCACCAUGCUGCACAAGUUUGAAGAAACGAAAAUAGCAGCCAAUGAGAUGAUUUAUCAUCAGGCCCUUCCUGGAUACGUGGCCAAUCAGAGCGGCAACAGUGGAGGUCAGUACACACGGGGAGGAUCACUGGAUCCCUCCCACUCCAGUGGGCGGGGCUCUGCGGAGGCUGAGGCAGCAGAAGAUGAUGAGAUCAGAAUGAUAAAUGAAUACCCUCGAGUGUCAAGUAUCUCCUCGUCCAUGCAGGAGCGCAUUUCUGCCCGAGGUCCUGACUCUGGAAUCCAGCAGGAUGCAGAUCAGCUUUCAGAUGUUUCCUGUGAGCCAUCCAUAGAUUGGUUCAGAGGGAAAAAACUAGGCAGUGUGAAUAGUACAUUAUUAGCUGGCCAGGUGCCGGUCUACAGGGAUGAAGGGGUUGGGUAUGUGGGUGUGGGACGGGGACUCAGCAUUUCCCACCCUAAAGAUUAUACUUUCCCAGAGGAUGGGAAGCCUGCUGUGGACGGCUCCCUGACAGCCAUUGUGGCCAGUGAUGAGGAGCUGAGGGGCAGCUAUAACUGGGACUAUCUACUAAACUGGUGUCCCCAGUUUCAACCCUUAGCAAAUGUUUUUACUGAAAUAGCACGUUUAAAAGAUGAAACCGCUCCCCCCCAUCCUCGCAGGUCAUUUCAUCACAAAGCAAAGGCCGAGUCAAGAAUCGACCCACCGCCUCUUAUAACUUCUGUGGCCCACCCUGGGGCAAAAACCGUCCCUCCAAAGCCCGCAGUGGGGAGGACUUAUCCCAGCUUGGCUUCUUUUCGAAGAUCUCCCCUGAGUGCUGAGGGAUCCAUCUCCUCAGUCGCCAUGUCUCCAAGCUUCUCCCCCUCUCUGUCACCACUGGCAGCACGGUCUCCUGCUAUCACCCCCUUCAAUGUCUCACAGGGCCCCUCUGCAUCAAUGAUCAGCACAACUGAACACCAUUUGGAACACAUUGAGGAAGCGGAGCUCAGGAUUUAAGUUCCAGAAAAGAAUUCUUGAGAGUGACUUCAAAUUGAGUCAUUGCUGUCUCAGACUUUUUCUACUGUAUGACCACAGGGGCUGCAGACUGAAAGGAGUCAAUGCUGUUCACUUUUCCUUUGUCUUACUUACAAGUAAACAAGGUUACACUUAGAAGUCCAAAUAGCUGAAGCUCUGGUGCUUACUGAAGAAAAAAUGAACUACAUGACUGGCUAAAAUGAACAAAGCAUUUUGUGUAUGUGUGUGAGUGAACGUGAGUGUGUGUGUGUAGGAUUAAGAAACUCCUUUUUUUUUUUCUGUUGAUCAGUGUUAAUUUGCACAUUCAAACGGAGAUUCAUACAUGAUGUCAAUAUUUUGUACAAAGCAUUGUCUAUAUUUUUAUACUUCUAGUGGUUUCUGACAAGAAAUGGCAUUAAAGUGUCAAAGGUUGCUUAACCUCAGAAUAUAUUUCUUUAUUUGUAUAUUUGUUAAUUGUACUGUAUACUUGUUUUACUGUACUGUAAAUCGAUUUAAUCUCCUGUAAUGCUUAACGUGUGGUUUGAAAUGAAGUUCUUCAUAAAUGCUUUUUGAAUUGGGAUUAUUGUAAAUAUUAAUAGAGGAGGAAACGUCCUUGCUUGAACAAAUGAAACAUCAGUCAGAAUAGAGUAUUGUGUGAUCAGAUUUUCUACAGUCCUGUGUUUGAUCUCACAUCAAAAGGUAAUCGUGAAUGUGAAAUGCUGAGUUGUUUAAGUCCUCGACAUAGGUCUCUGCAUUUUCUGCAAAGGAAGACUGAAUUUGACAUCCAGUGAUCGUGUCCUUCAGGUGCCCUGGCUUUAACUUUUCACUGUGAGCCUUACUGCUUUCACUUUGCAUUGUGAAAAUAGCUGUGUGAUAAAUGUAAAACUGUUUGCUUUAUCUGCGGUGUAAUUAUUCCACAGAAUGUGAGCAGGUUUGGGCCAUUUGUCUCCUCAUCUAAUGCUCAUUAGUCAAAUGUUUAAGAGACAUUAAGGCUCUAAAUCAGAACUGCCCAGACUCUGAAAAGUAGCCAUUUCCAUUUUUGUCCAGAUUUAUUGCAUAUGAGUAAAAAAAAAUGGUAAUGAAUGUCAUUUGAACCACAUUUGUGUCCAUAUGUUCUAUAGCACUACUAGAAUACUCUGUGGAUUACUAUAAAAUGUUACUUUUUAAAGAAUGAAAGUGUUUAUUUAUGAAUGUUUAAUCACAACCAGAAUGUUUCCAAGUUAAUUAAAAGAAAUUCAUGUCAUGUACAUGUUCAGCCAUGAUUCACAAAAUGCUUGUACACAGAUGCCUAUGUCUUAGAUACAGUACAUCCAUGAAUGUGUUUUUGUUGCCUUUAAAAAAAAGUGAAAUGUCUACAUUAACAAUUACAUAGUGCCCUUACAUGACCUGAACGUGGAUUUCUAUCUCUUUAAAAAAAUAUAUAAUAUUGCUUAUUGGCUUAUUAAUACUGUCUAAGGUAACGCUAACAUUAAACAGUAUUUUUAUUUAUUAUAGUUUGACCUGAGAAGCUAAGAGGCUUGUUAAAUUAUUAACAAGUAUGCUAUUUUGACCAUGGCCAAAUAUAUAGAAACACUACCUAUUUGAUCAAAUGAAGGUACCUUGAUGUUUGUAUUGUUUUCUGUUGAUCGGUGUUAGCUGCCACUUAUUUAAUGUUUGUUCAAACUGCACAAAACGGUGCCAUAAAAGAGAAAAUCCUCCAAAUGUUCACACUUUUACACUUCAGAGAAAUGUUUUUGAGCAAAAAGUGCCUGAUUAAAGUACUUAUGAGAA